AAUUUAUUAAAUAGAAAGGAAUAUUUUCUGAAAUGCUGUGUCCUCCUGCGUAUUAUCCUUAGGAAGAAGAAUAUCCGGCGGGAUAUUCCCACUGCAUUGUUGAAAGAACGGCGUUUCGACAUCCCAUCUCUUUCCACCCGUUCGAGUUACCUUUCUGUGAACUGGAGAAUCCCGUAGGGUCCUUGCUGACUGGAUAAGGUGCUCCCGUUAUAUAAUGUGGACUACUCGUACUAUUUUGGAGAAGCUGGACCCCACCAUCGCCACCGACCUUUCUACGUACCAUAAAGUGCCACCACCACCUCCUCCUCCGCCUCGAAGAAGGUCUCUUUAGCGCAAAUGGCGUACAUACGAAUGAAGCGGGCCACCGGCCCGCUCGACGGCGAAGUUAAGGCGCGCCUGCGUGGAGACGGCGCCCUCCGCGUCGCUGGCUAUGCCAGUACCGGCAGCGACCAAGGCGCCGCCACCUGCCUCUCCCGUCUCGUCCACGCCUUCAUUGAGACUGGCGGCCACGAUACCCCCUCUUCGCCCAAGGAUGAUGGAGACGACGAAGAUGGGUCCGAAGCGGACGCUGCCGCUUUCGAUCGGGAUCGCGCCGCCGCGAAGAUAGUCCGGGAGCUGAUAUGCCCCGCGGUGGACAUGAAUCAGUUCCGAAGGAGGCUGGCGGGCGAGGUCUACGAGACGGCGGAGGGGUUCGCCUGGCUAAGGUCAAGCUGCGGUGGUUCUGCCUUCCGGCGCGCGGUGAUGGCGCGGCUGAGGGAUGCGGGGUACAAUGCCGGGAUCUGCAAGGCGAGCUGGGAAACCUCCGGCGGUCUCACCUGCGGGAGUUACGAGUACAUCGACGUGGUGGCGACGGCGGGGGAAGGGGAUGGCGACGAGCAGGGGAGAAGGUACAUCGUGGACUUGGAGUUCGCGGCGGAGUUCGAGGUGGCGAGGGCGACGGAGGGGUACAAGGAGGUGGUAGCGGCGCUGCCGAGGGUGGCGGUGGCGGGGGAGGAGGCGGUGAGGGCGGCUGUGCGGGCAGUGGCGGACGCGGCGCGGAGGUCGCUGCGGGCGCGGGGCCUGCACGUGCCGCCAUGGCGGAAGAGCCGCUACAUGCUCGCCAAGUGGCUCGGGCCCUACCGGCGGACGACCAACCCAGUGCCGACCUCGCUCCCCGCCGCGCCGCCUGGCGGCGACGUGAAGUGCCGCGCGGUGGGGUUUCCCACGGCGGCAAGGCUGUUGGCGGCCCCCACCGCCAGGACCCGGUAGUAGAGCCGGCGACGGGCGCGGCGAGCAGUGACCGAGUUCUUUUUCCUUGUCUAUAAGCGGUGAUCGACCAAGUCGGUGACGUGACAGCGAUGACGUGGGCGAAUCUGUCUCGUGAUUGACCAAUUAUAACGGGACCACGUUUUGUGGAUAAUCGGUAAUCAUACCGGUCGAGGAUGUCAUAUCCUUUUCUGUAGAACAUGCAAUGUAGUAAGAGCAGAGGCCGAGGCUGAUUUGACGUGGCACACAGCAUCACUGCCGUUGAAUCAUGAUUCGACGGGCUGAUGGACCUCGCGGUCAUCCUCAGAGAUGGGUCCCGCUCGUGGUUGCCGAUAGCGGCCGCCAAUCUGGCGUGAGACGCACGACGCGGUGCAUAAUUGAGCUGGGCCCCCACCGUACCAGGUUCAUCUCAACCGCUCAUCUUGGAGCGACAUCUGAUGUGACGCGCACGAGAGAGGUAGUGGUCUGGGUUCUUGAUCUUGAAGUCCGACGGCAACGUCGGUCGUGACUCGGGUUGCGUGGUUCGAGAUCAUCCGUUGGUGGUGGAUGCAUUGAUAUCGUCAAUGGAAAUAUGCAUCAACGAGGUAUUCGACCGACUGACCAUGAGAAGCGUUCUUUGGCAAGACGCUUAGACCUGCAUUCUCUCUCGCUCAUGCAUUAACGAGGUGUUCGACAAAAUGACGAUGAGAAGCAUUCUUCGGCAAGACGCGUCCACUUAGAUAUCAACCACCUAACGUCGAGGCAUCGUCCACUUGGAGUAUGUAGAAAGGGGA